AGCACACCUAUUAAUCACUUCGAGGCCACCACCACCUUUGUUCGAGCGAAGCUUCACUGAGUCGCGCUGUCUGUAGUGACCAUUGACCAGUGUCUGACCUACGCACAAUCUGCUAUAGCACACACCACAUUCUAAACCGCCACCAUGGUCGCCGUCCCGUCCACAGAGGACCAGGCCCUCCUGACGAGCAAGCUCAAAGACCUGAUCAAGGCUAUCGAGAGCGAGCCGGGCUUCACCCCUCCCACGCCGCACGCAGGUCUCCUGCACGUGUGGGAUUUCGUGCAGAGGAGCCACUACAUGAUGCUCAAUCUAGAAAACAUCCGCACGGGAGCCCCGAUUGAGCAUCCCGAGGCCAUUCCCAAAAAUGACAAUGCCAAGGACAAUGCUGAGAAGGCACAGAUGACAUUUACCGAUGUUGUCACGCGCAGCAUGACGAUUGAUAAACUGAUCAAGUCGCCUGCCAUGCUAGCCAUGAUGGGCGGGUCGCCAACGACGUUCAGCCAAGAUACAAAGGACAAGAGCCAGGCGGUGUUGGACAUGAUCAUGGGAUUACCGGACAACUAGGUCCAGCUGCGUCUCGGAGCAAGGCAAAGUCUGGUAAGUAUGUAUCGAUUGCGGAUAGAUUCGCAUGUCCGUGGGCCACUCGCGC